GGAAGAAGAGUUUCUCCCAGGAAUGCACUGCGCCGUGCCCGACAUUACCGAACCAACACACGAGAGGUGGACGGAGCCACGGGGAAAACCGGGACCAGACGCAGCGGGGACUCUCACAUUCAUUAGCGGGCCGGGUGAGGACGGUUCUCCAGGACAGCCACAGCGGGGACUCUCACUCACCGAGCCGGCCGACACUGAGCGGCCCCCGGCCUCUGCAGCCAGGAUGAGCGGCCUGAGGACCAUCCUCACCUCCACCGCCAUGGUGGCCGUGCUGGGGGUCGGCUACGGCACCUGGUCCAUCAUCUCCCCUGGAGAGGAGCGGCGCAAGGAGAUGCUCAAGAACCUUCCGGAAGCGAACCCAGUCAGGAUGGAGGAGACCAGGAAGCGGAAUGCCAUGUUGAUGCAGGUCCUGAAGGAGGCGGCAGAGACCAAGGACAACAUCGCCCGGUCCAAGUAGUCGGACCUUGUGUGUGUGUGUGUGUGGAGUUCACCUCCUGCUGAAGCCACUUUAUUAGGGACCCUUGUUUGGGCCCACAAACUCAUUUUGGUUGAAUGUUGGACUUCAUGAAGUUUUUCACAAUGAAAGCUGUCUUUGCCAACUGCUGUUGGGAUCUUUGGGAAAUAAAAGGUGGAACUCUUCCGGUUGAUAAAACUUG